AUGAAGUUCACAUUAUUAGCAUCAGCCUUCGCUGUCUCAUCCGUCUUAGCAGGUAGAGGUCCAAAGGACACCAACAAACCAAACGUUGUCACCGUCUACAGAACCGAAACUACCCACAAGUACGGUAGAUUCAACAAGACUCCACACCCAACCACCACCACCGUUGUUGUCUCACCAGAAGAAUACUCUUCAAUCAAACAAGCCUCAAUCCAAUCAUCCGCCUCUGCUGCUGAUGUUGUCAGAGUCCAAAUUGAAAGAAGAGCUGAAAACGGUACUGCCGGUGCCGCUUCCAACGGAACUGCUGCUGGUGGUGCUUCCAACGGUACUGCUGCUGGUGGUGCUUCAAACUCUACCGGUGGUGGUUCAUCCGCUAACGCUGGUGUCGCUACCUCAGGUGCCACUUUUGGUGUUGCUGGUGUCAUUGCUGUCGGUUGCGCUUUGUUGAUCUAA